AUGCAUAAUGACACGCUCGAUGAAGAAGAAUUUCCAUUACUCGCUUUUUUGAAAGAAGCGGAUAUAGAACGGUUCAAGGACUUCCCUGCAAUGAACCGAUGGAUGAAAACCCAUUUGUUCGCCGAGGAAACUAAGGGUAAUGGUUGGAUAUCACUUAUUGACCGCCUGCAAUAUUCCAUUGAGAACAAAUCAAAUUUCCCUACCGUGCGCUUAGUGCAAAGAGCAAUCCGGUGUUCCUUGAUGUACUUUUGGAAUGGGCAAAUCUCUAGAACCAAGGGGACUUUUGAGGACCUAUUUGUCCUGGAAGUAGUUGGGAAAGUUGGGGCUUUCUUUUUUGGGUGGCAAAGUACUUGGGAGGAUCCAAUGGACACUCCAAAUAUCGAAUACAUGACCGAUUGGGCAUCUGUCAAUCCAUUGUGUAUAGCAGCAGCCUUCAACUUCGAGCACGCUUUACGAUUUCUGCUACGACAAGGCGCCUUGAUAGAUGGCAUUGGGUCUCCGGUAGAAUGCUAUGGAAAUCCUUUGUUGCGGGCUGUGUACUAUAAUAAUUCGGUUGCUACACGCCUUCUGGUCGACAAUGGGGCAGAUAUUAACAUCCGGACUAAUCAAAAUAGAGUAGACACAGUUCUCAAGAUGGCAGCACUUAGAAGUUCCGAGAUGACGAGGUACCUUUUAUUCGAGAGGAAUAUAGAUACAAAUCUGAUAGACAACUAUGGACGUACAAUUGUAAAUAUUAUUUCCAAAUUCUGACAGGUCUAUAUACUUUGAUGCUUACUGUUUAUAGCACUACUGGGCUAGGAAUGACACGCAAAUAAUGCGAACCCUCCAGCCAUUUAGCCAGUUCCUUGAAUCCGCAAGAGAAAAUUCGGUCGACGUGUUCGAUGUCAGUAGGCUCUACUCCAAAAUAUUAAUCUGCUUGAACGAUUCAAAAUUGUACUCUGCGCUAUCCAAAUAUCUAUUCCACGACGGAACGGAAUUCAUCGUCUACGGAUCAAUGAUGGCAGAGCAGACUCUGGUUCAUGGAGGAACUAUAGAUCAUUUGUGCCAUUGCAACAUUUGCGUGUCUUCUUUCGGAAGGCAAGACCCCGUUAUCAGAGGUUCACGUUUCGUAUGA